CGCGUCCGCGGUGUCAAGAUCGACGAACACUGCCGUUGAAUAGCGUGCAUAUUAAGCCGCAAGUGUUCGUCGAAUGCUCGUCAGGUUUGGUUGAGAAUAUUCCCGAGCCCGUUAACAUCGAGUGAUAGAUCGUAGGUGGUGUUUCGCGCUAGAAUAAACGAAUUAUUUCUCGAAAUGUCGGAUAAGAAAGCGAAAAGCCAAGACGGGAACGCCGGCAGGCCACCGGUCAAGGACUCCGUCCUGGAACUGAGAACGAGGAUGGCGCGAAUGAUGUCUAUCGUCGAGAUUACCUCGCGGGGGACACUUCCGAUGGCGGGCUCGAAAGCUGGCGAGGAUCCAAAGAAGGAUGCCGCGGAUCAGAACUUCGACUACAUGUUCAAGCUGCUGAUUAUCGGCAACUCGUCCGUUGGAAAAACGUCCUUCCUCUUCCGCUACGCGGACGAUUCGUUUAGCUCGGCCUUCGUAUCGACCGUGGGAAUCGACUUUAAAGUGAAAACGGUCUUCAGAAACGACAAAAGGGUGAAGCUACAGAUCUGGGACACGGCGGGCCAGGAAAGAUAUAGAACAAUAACGACAGCCUACUACAGGGGCGCGAUGGGCUUCAUUUUAAUGUACGACAUCACAAACGAGGAGUCGUUCAAUUCAGUACAAGACUGGAUAGCACAGAUUACGACUUAUUCGUCCGAGAACGCUCAAGUAAUCUUGGUUGGCAACAAGUGCGACAUGGAGGACGAAAGGGUGAUCAGCGCCGAGAGAGGCAAGCAACUGGCGGAUCAAUUGGGUGUGCAAUUCUUCGAGUCGUCUGCCAAAGAAAACUUUAACAUUAAGACGGUGUUCGAGACACUCGUGGACAUUGUAUGCGACAAGAUGAGCGAGUCCCUGGAUAACAAUCAAACCCUGAACGCCGGUGGGGAUCAAGCGAAGGGUCAGCGACUCACCGAUCAGCCGACCAGCGCAGCGACUACAAACUGCAAUUGCUAAGAACGUGGAACCCCACCUACGCUCUGUAUCAGGAGGACAAGGAAGAAGAAAGGAUACCGAAGAAGAAGAAAUAUUAGAAAAGAAAUGCGUGUAUGCCUGUACAUGUGUGCGUGAACGCAUGUCUACCUGGAUUGUGUAUGCGUGUACGUGUGUAUGUGUGCAUGCGUACGUGCGUGCGUGCGUGCGUGCGUGCGUGGCCUGCGCGCGCGUGCGUGUAUGUGUGCGCUCGUGUGUACCUGUGUGUGUCGGAAAGAGAGGGCGAAGGAGAGGAGAAGACAGAAGAAGGAAGGUCGAAUGAUAAAGCUGGCUCUAGUUCAACCCCUGUUCGUCAUUCCUUUACCCUUGUUCCUGACCGUUCUUCUUUCCGCUCUUUUUCUUUCCUCCUUUCUCGAUCGAUAUAUUUAUAUAUGUGCACAUAAAUACGUAUAUAUACAUAGGGUGAGCCGUGAAAUUCAAUCAAGCUAAUUGUUCUCGCCUUAACUAACCGACCUGCGUUAUUUGGUGUCUACGGACCAGUCGAGUCUGGAAACUGGCUCGAGCGCGUUCUCACGGUGUUAGAUGACGGUAGAGGAUGAUACGUUCAAGCCACACAGGAUAUCGUGGAUAAUUUCGUUUUCAGCCUUUUGGAAAACGAGCUACGAGCCGCAAGUUCCCCACGUCCAAGUGCUCGUGGAAACGAACGAUAAGCAUGGCGAUAUUUAAAACGAAACGUUUAUAUCCAGUCUCACCAUUUUUAAGUUGUAGAGGUUCGGGCUCGUUAGAAGAAGAGCUCGAGGGUUCUUCGGACACUAAUUGCUCGCAACAGGGCAAUCCCUCUUUGUUACGAUUUUUUGAUCGAAAUAUAACACACAAUCUGCAUGAAUGAUUCGACUACGAAUUAACUUUUAAGUGCUUUCGAUGAUUCUCUAGUACUCGUUACCUGUGAAUAAUUUAUUGUUAAACGGUAUACUUAGAUAAUUUCACCGUUCUUUGUAAUAUAUCUAGCUCAUUCAUCGUUCAAGUCAUAUCAUGAUGUUAGAGAGUUGAGUUACGAGUGAGUUUUCGUUGGGAAUGCUGAAAAUCGGUUCACUCUCCGCCUAAACUUAGAAUACUAAUGAUGUGUUCUACGAUCGGAUUCCAUCGUUCCCUGUACGAAAUCAUCCAAUAGUCGAUCCAUCGACGGCGAGAACAAUCAGGAUGGCUACAAUUGGGCCACUCACCCUGUAUACAUGUAUAAAUAUGUAUGACGGUUGUAGCCUGAUUACGCGGAGGUGAGCCACCGAGCUGAUCCGAGACCGAUUGCGAGCAGACGUUG